GUUCGUGUUGAGUGUUUUCGUUACAGAGAACGAGGAAGAAAGGAACUCCCGAACCGUAGAGAGACAAUCUAGAGAGAGAAAAUUGGGGUUGAGGAGGGAGAAAAGUUGCAGAGGGUUUUCUCUUUGUUUUUUGGUUUCUCUCAGAGGUUAAAGCCUCUGCAACACUUCCUAUUGUUUCUAAACCCCCUCAUUACCGUCAUUUUCCAUUUCCAUUACCGUUUUCAGAGAGAAAAUCCCGAGGAAAAGCGAGGAAGAUAUAGAGAGAGAGUCGUCCCUGGUGCGAGUUUAUCGAUUUUGGGGGCAAAAAUUGGAUCUUGUAGGUUAUUCACAUUGUGGGUAUAUUGGAAAGAAUCAAUGGGUUUGCCUACAUUGCGCUUUUGAAGGAAAUUUAGGGUUUGAUCGCUCCCAAUCUGAUUGAUUUGUGAGAAAAUGAGUUUCCCAGUUAAUGUAGUGGUUGGAUCUCAUGUUUGGGUGGAGGAUGCUGAUGAAUUCUGGGUAGAUGGGGAAAUCUUGGAAGUUAAUGGUGAAGAGAUUAAAAUAAGUUGUACAUCGGGAAAGGAGGUUGUUGCUAAAGCAUCUAGUGUCUAUCCAAAAGAUGUUGAAGCUCCUGCAUGCGGUGUGGAUGAUAUGACAAAGCUGGCUUAUCUGCAUGAACCAGGGGUUCUCUAUAAUUUAAAAUGUCGAUAUGACAUGAAUGAAAUUUAUACCUAUACUGGUAGUAUAUUAAUAGCUGUGAACCCUUUUAAAAGGCUACCUCAUUUAUAUGACCGUCAUAUGAUGGAAGAGUAUAAAGGGGCAGCCUUUGGCGAGCUGAGCCCACAUCCUUUUGCCAUUGCAGACGCUGCAUACAGACAGAUGAUUAAUGAGGGAAUAAGUCAGUCAAUUUUGGUUAGUGGAGAAAGUGGAGCAGGUAAAACAGAAAGCACAAAAAUGCUUAUGCGUUAUCUUGCCUAUAUGGGAGGGAGAGCUGCAGCUGAGGGACGGACUGUGGAGCAGCAAGUCCUAGAGUCCAAUCCUGUUCUAGAAGCAUUUGGAAAUGCAAAGACUCUCAGAAACAAUAAUUCAAGUCGUUUUGGUAAAUUUGUGGAGCUCCAGUUUGAUGAACGGGGGAAGAUUUCAGGGGCUGCCAUUAGAACUUAUUUACUUGAACGAUCUCGUGUUUGUCAAGUGUCUGAUCCUGAGAGAAAUUAUCAUUGCUUCUAUAUGCUUUGUGCUGCACCACCAGAGGAUGUUGAGAGGUACAAGCUUGGAAAUCCAAGGACGUUUCAUUAUCUAAAUCAAUCAAAUUGUUAUGAGCUGGACGGAGUGGAUGAUUCCAAGGAAUACCUUGCAACAAGGAGGGCCAUGGAAAUUGUUGGGAUCAGUUCUGAUGAGCAGGAUGCAAUUUUCCGAGUUGUCGCUGCAACUCUCCACUUAGGAAACAUUGAGUUUUCCAAGGGCAUAGAAGCAGAUUCUUCUGAACCUAAGGAUGAUAAGUCUUGGUUCCAUCUGAAAACUGCAUCUGAGCUUCUAAUGUGUGAUGAGAAGUCUCUUGAAGAUUCCUUAUGUAAACGUGUGAUUGUGACUCGUGAUGAGACCAUAACAAAAUGUCUUGAUCCAGAAGCCGCAACUCUUAGUAGAGAUGCUCUGGCCAAAAUUGUUUACUCAAGAUUAUUUGAUUGGAUUGUGAACAAGAUAAACAAUUCUAUUGGUCAAGAUCCUGAUUCAAAAUACUUGAUUGGGGUUCUGGAUAUCUACGGAUUUGAGAGUUUCAAGACAAACAGCUUUGAGCAGUUCUGCAUCAAUCUAACAAAUGAGAAACUGCAGCAGCAUUUCAAUCAGCAUGUUUUCAAGAUGGAGCAAGAAGAAUAUACAAAAGAAGAAAUUGACUGGAGCUACAUAGAGUUCAUUGACAAUCAAGAUAUACUUGAUCUCAUUGAAAAGAAACCUGGCGGCAUCAUUGCCCUUUUGGAUGAGGCUUGUAUGUUUCCAAGAUCAACACAUGAAACAUUUGCACAAAAGCUAUACCAGACAUUCAAAGAUCAUAACGUCAGCAAGCCAAAAUUGUCACGUACUGACUUCACCAUUUGUCAUUAUGCUGGUGAUGUCACUUAUCAAACUGAAUUCUUUCUGGAUAAGAACAAAGAUUAUGUUGUUGCAGAGCAUCAAGCACUUUUGAGUGAUUCAGGGUGCUCCUUUGUGUCAAGCUUGUUCCCACCCUUACCUGAGGAAACUUCAAAAUCAUCUAAGUUCUCAUCAAUAGGUUCUCGCUUUAAGCAACAAUUACAAGCGUUGCUUGAAACGCUUGGUGCAACUGAGCCGCACUAUAUUCGCUGUGUAAAGCCAAAUAAUCUUCUGAAGCCUUCAAUCUUUGAAAAUUAUAAUGUACUACAACAACUCCGGUGCGGGGGAGUCAUGGAGGCAAUUAGGAUCAGUUGUGCUGGAUUUCCCACUAGGAGAACAUUUGAUGAAUUUAUAGGUCGUUUUGGCAUCCUUGCUCCUGAUGUUUUGGAUGGACGCUGUGAUGAGGUUACUGCUUCCAAGAGGCUUUUGGAGAAGGUUGGCCUCAUAGGUCACCAGAUUGGUAAAACCAAAGUGUUUCUUAGAGCUGGUCAGAUGGCGGAACUAGAUUGUAAAAGGACUGAAGUUUUAGGAAGAUCUGCGUGCAUUAUCCAGAGAAAAGUUCGUUCAUACUUUGGACGCAGAGGCUUUAUUGCAUUGCGGUUGUCUGCCAUCCAAAUUCAAUCUAUGUGUAGAGGACAAAUUGCACGCUGUUGCCAUGAAAUCAUGAGGAGGGAAGCUGCAAGUCUGAGGAUCCAGAAAGACAUUCGCAUGUAUAUUUCCCGGAAGGCUUACAAAAUGUUAUGCUUUUCUGCUGUCAUUAUUCAAGCAGGUAUCCGUGGAAUGGCUGCUCGUGAUGAGCUGCGCUUCAGAAAGCAAACAGAGGCUGCAAUCCUUAUCCAGAGUCAAUGUCGACGAUACAUAGCCCGUCUUCAUUAUUUGAGGAUAAAGAAAGCAGCAAUUGCUACUCAAUGUGCCUGGAGAGUAAGAGUGGCAUGCAGAGAGCUACGGAAGCUUAAAAUGGCUGCUAAAGAAACUGGUGCUCUCCAAGCUGCCAAAACCAUGCUUGAAAAGCAAGUUGAAGAACUGACCUGGCGGCUGCAGCUGGAGAAACGCAUGAGGGCUGACAUUGAGGAAGCCAAAACAAAGGAAAAUACGAAAUUGCAGUCUGCUUUCCAAGAGAUACAACUGCAAUUUCAAGAAACUAAAGAAUUGCUUGUUAAGGAACGUGAGGCUGCAAAGCAAGCUGUCGAGAAAAUCCCUGUCGUACAGGAGGUCCCUGUCAUACAGGAGGUCCCAGUUAUUGAUCAUGAAAUGAUUAAUAAGCUAACUGCUGAAAAUGAAAAUCUUAAGGCUUUGGUAAGUUCUCUAGAAAAUAAAAUUAAUGAAGCCGAAAAAAAAUAUGAAGAAACAAACAAGCUUAGUGAAGAGCGAUUGAAGCAGGCUUUGGAUGCAGAGUCAAAGAUAAUUCAGUUGAAGACUGAUAUGCAGAGGCUUGAAGAAAAACUUUCUGACAUUGAGACUGAAGACCAAGUUUUGCGGCAUCAAGCUUUGGUGAACUCAGCUUCUAGAAAAAUGUCAGAACAUUUAGAUAUUAAAGCAGCUCAGCCUGAAGAAAAUGGUUAUCAUGAACUGCAGAGUCCAACACCUGCUAAAAAGUUUGGUUCAGAAUCAAUGAGGAAAUCCCAGAUUGAAAGGCUUCAUGAGAAUGUAGACACACUUAUCAAAUGUGUGAGUCGAGAUCUUGGGUUCAGUCAUGGAAAACCAGUUGCAGCUUUUACCAUAUAUAAAAGCCUUCUCCGUUGGAAAUCUUUUGAAGCAGAAAAAACCAGUGUAUUUGAUCGUCUUAUUCAGAUGAUUGGUUCUGCAAUAGAGGAUCAAGAUAACAAUGCUCAUAUGGCAUAUUGGCUAUCAAAUACUUCGGUGUUGUUGUUUUUGCUUCAAAGGACUUUGAAAGCUACUGGUGGGAAACCACCAACUCCAACUUCAUUCUUUGGAAGGAUGACUCAAGGAUUUCGAUCAUCCUCUUCUUCUGCCAACCUUUCUUUCCGCGGGCUUGAAGUGUACCAGGUUGAGGCCAAAUAUCCUGCUUUGCUUUUCAAGCAGCAGCUCACUGCUUAUGUGGAGAAGAUAUAUGGAAUAGUUCGAGACAAUUCGAAGAGGGACUUGUCCCCGCUUCUUUCUUCCUGUAUCCAGGCAGCAAGAACAUCAGGAGGAAAUGUGUUGCGAGCUUCUGGGAGCAGUACUCCUCCAGCUAGUCACUGGCAGAACAUCAUUGAACGCCUAAAUGGGCACCUCAGUACAUUGAAAGAACAUUUUCUAUCUCCAAUCCUCUGUCAGAAGAUGUUCACUCAGAUUUUUUCUUAUAUUAAUGUACAGCUUUUUAAUAGCCUUCUUCUUCGACGGGAGUGCUGCACAUUCAACAAUGGGGAAUAUGUGAAGUCUGGGUUAGCUGAAUUAGAACUGUGGUGUGGCCAAGCAACAGAAGAGUAUGCAGGGACAUCCUGGGAUGAACUAAAACACGUAAGACAGGCUGUCGGAUUCUUGGUAUGUUCUCUUGGUUCUUUAUCAUGGUGCAAUUCAGAUGUGUGUGUGAUACUGAGUGUACAACAGCUUUAUAGAGUAUGCACGCUUUACUGUGAUGACAAUUAUAACACUCCAAGUGUAUCCCCAGAUGUUAUUUCCAGCAUGAAGAUACUAAUGACAGAAGACUCGGAUGAUUCAGAUAACAACUCCUUUUUGUUGGAUGACAAUUCUAGCAUUCCCUUCUCGGUUGAUGAAAUUAACAGUUCCGUCAAAGAGAAGGAUUUCUCAGAUGUAAAACCUCCCGCAGAACUAGUUGAAAAUCCGGCCUUCGAAUUUUUACAGGAAUAAGGCUGUUGUUCUUCGGUUCUUUUCCUUUUAUGAUGCCCGCAGAUCAACAAAGACAAGAUGGACAGGCACUACCACUACUACUCGGGUCAAAUGCCGCAAUGUAAAUUCGCCACCAAAUUUUCUCUGUAGAUACUUCCUCAUUAGUGUAACAUCCAUCAGUAAAAUUAUUCUUUGAAUUUAGAUUUGUAACAUGCAUAGGCUUUUUUCUGAUAUAAUUAGAAGGGGUAGAGGAUGGAAUUUACACGAGUGCCUCUGUUUUGCUUGGUUCUUCCAACCCCCCCUCUCCCUCUCAGUUGCCCUAUUUUUUAUUUAUUUGUUAGUGGGGUCAUUUUAGGCCAGCAUUCUUUGUAGUGAUGACAAGAGGGAAGCAUAUUUUUUUAUAAAUGUAAUGUGGUGAAGGGAGGAGCUAUCAUUUUCAGAAAAAUAGUUCAAUCUCAAUGCAAUUUAGUUUUUUUUUGUA